UUUGUGGCUCAGACUGUCGGAGGCCUGACGCAGCUCGUAUGUAGAGCGACAUAUUAGUGCUUUACCUGCACCGUCACUGUGUGUUAUUAAGAUGUACAGUGCGGGGUUCAGUGCUACACAAACAAGGUAACGCGUCCCAGACAGCCACGCCCACCGAUUGGCUCUCACUGGCAGGCCUGACAUUGCUGCUUCCAGCCCGGUAGCGGUCCCAGCGGGAAGGAGCCAGCGCCUCAGUGAAACACAUGGAAAUACAGUAGAGAUGGCUGGUAUGAUGCCCCCUGUGAAGCUAAAGUGGCUGGAGCAUUUGAACAGCUCCUGGAUUACAGAGGACAGCGAAUCCAUUGCCACCCGGGAAGGAGUGUCACUUCUGUAUGCCAAGUUGAUAAGCAACAAAGAAGUUGUCCCAUUGCCUCAGCAGGUCCUGUGCCUAAAGGGACCACAGUUGCCAGACUUUGAAAGGGAAUCUCUAUCAUGUGAUGAACAAGAUCACUACCUGGAUGCUCUACUCAGCAGCCAGCUGGCCCUGGCUAAAGUGGUGUGUUCAGACUCGCCUUUUGCUGGUGCUCUAAGAAAGAGACUCCUGGUUCUCCAAAGGGUCUUUUAUGCACUUUCCAACAAAUAUCAUGACAAGGGUAAAGUUAAGCAGCAACAGCAUUCACCAGAGAACAGCUCAGGCUCAGCGGAUACUUUAUUGAUUAGUGAGCGUCCCCGUUCAAGUACUGAUGCCCUCAUAGAGAUGGGUGUGAGGACUGGCUUAAGCUUGCUCUUUGCAUUAUUAAGGCAAAGCUGGAUGAUGCCAGCUGCUGGACCUGGUUUGAGCCUUUGCAAUGAUGUUAUCCAAACAGCUAUAGAUGUAGUAAACUCGCUCCCCCCUCUCUCCCUUGCCAAUGAAAGCAAAAUACCCCCAAUGGGGCUCGAUUGCCUUUCACAGGUUACCUCCUUUCUUAAAGGGGUGACUGUUCUGAAUUCUGGAGCUGACAUUCUGGGUCGCCGACUGGCCUCUGAACUUCUUUUGGGCUUGGCCUCUCAGCGUGGCUCCCUCCGCUACCUCCUAGAAUGGAUUGAGAUGGCACUAGCAGCCUCAGCCCUUGUUGGUGAAACUGAUAAGAACAAGAUGUUGACAGCUCAAGAGGGUAUGAUAAGCUGCGACUGCUUCAUGAGCAUUCUCCAGCAGAUGAGGAGGUCUCUGGGGUCUUCAGCUGAUCGUAGUCAGUGGAGGGAACCAACCAGGACAUCCGAUGGCUUGUGUUCACUCUAUGAAGCUGCUUUGUGCCUGUUUGAAGAGGUCUGCCAGAUGGCCUCUGACUAUUCAAGAACAUGUGCCAGUCCGGACAGCAUCCAGAGUGGGGAAAACCCAGUAGUAUCAGAGACUUGUGAAGUAUAUGUGUGGGGGAGUAACAGCAGCCACCAACUAGUGGAAGGAACUCAAGAAAAAAUCUUACAGCCAAAACUGGCCCCUUGCUUCUCUGAUGCACAGACAAUCGAAGCUGGACAGUACUGCACUUUUGUUAUAUCGACUGAUGGCUCAGUUAGAGCCUGUGGUAAAGGGAGCUAUGGAAGAUUGGGCCUCGGAGAUUCCAACAACCAGUCUACUCUGAAAAAGCUAACCUUUGAGCCUCAUCGUUCAAUCAAGAAAGUUUCCUCUUCAAAGGGUUCAGAUGGACACACACUAGCCUUUACCACAGAAGGAGAAGUCUUUAGUUGGGGGGAUGGUGACUAUGGCAAGCUGGGUCAUGGAAACAGUUCCACACAAAAAUAUCCAAAGCUUAUCCAAGGGACUUUACAAGGAAAAGUUGUGGUGUGUGUUUCAGCUGGCUACAGGCACAGUGCUGCAGUUACAGAAGAUGGAGAGCUUUAUACAUGGGGAGAAGGAGAUUUUGGUAGACUAGGUCAUGGAGAUAGUAACAGCCGGAACAUCCCAACUCUAGUAAAAGAUAUUAGUAAUGUGGGUGAGGUGUCCUGUGGUAGCUCACAUACAAUUGCCUUGUCUAAAGAUGGGAGAACUGUUUGGUCAUUUGGAGGAGGAGAUAAUGGUAAGCUGGGACAUGGAGACACUAACAGAGUAUACAAGCCCAAAGUGGUGGAAGCUUUGCAAGGAAUGUUCACUCGGAAAGUAUGUGCAGGGAGUCAGUCCUCACUAGCCUUAACCUCUACUGGACAGGUGUACGCAUGGGGCUGCGGAGCCUGCUUAGGCUGUGGAUCUUCAGAAGCUACUGCCCUGAGGCCCAAACUUAUUGAAGAGCUAGCUGCCACCAGGAUAGUGGAUAUUUCAAUUGGAGACAGCCAUUGUCUAGCUUUAUCUCAUGAUAAUGAAGUGUAUGCUUGGGGCAACAAUUCAAUGGGUCAGUGUGGCCAGGGCAAUUCAACUGGCCCUAUUACAAAACCCAAGAAGGUGAGCGGAUUAGAUGGAGUAGCCAUUCAGCAGAUCUCAGCAGGCACGUCACACAGCCUGGCAUGGACUGCCUUGCCAAGAGACAGACAAGUGGUGGCCUGGCACCGUCCAUACUGUGUUGAUCUGGAAGAAAGUACCUUCUUUCACUUGCGUUCCUUUCUGGAAAGAUACUGUGAAAAAAUAAAUAGUGAAAUUCCACCUCCUCCUUUCCCUUCUUCCAGAGAUCACCAUGGAUUUUUAAAACUUUGCUUGAAAAUGCUGUCCAACCAUCUGGCCCUGGCAUUAGCUGGCGGUGUUGCUACUAGCAUCCUAGGACGACAGGCUGGACCACUUCGAAAUCUUCUUUUUCGUCUUAUGGAUGCCAGCGUCCCAGAUGAGAUCCAAGAGGUUGUCAUUGAAACUCUUUCUGUUGGAGCCACUAUGUUACUGCCCCCUCUUCGAGAGAGGAUGGAGUUAUUGCAUUCUCUGUUACCACAGGGACCUGAUCGAUGGGAAAGCCUUUCAAAAGGCCAGAGGAUGCAGCUAGAUAUCAUCCUGACCAGUUUGCAGGAUCACACACAUGUGGCAUCUUUACUGGGUUACAGUACACCAUCUGAUUCUUCUGAUGUCACCUCCUUACCUAUGACUUCUGAUCCCAGUUACAGUUCACAGGGAAGUCACCCAGAUACUCACCUAGCUGAAAUUUUAAUGAAGACCCUCCUGAGGAACUUGGGUUUCUAUACGGAUCAGGCUUUUGGCGAGCUGGAAAAAAAUAGUGACAAGUUCAUUGUUGGUGCUUCCUCAUCUGAAAACAGCCAGCCAGCUCACCUUCAUGAAUUACUCUGCUCUCUACAGAAGCAAUUGCUGGCUUACUGUCAUACUAAUCAUAUAAGUGAGAAUUCCAGUAGUGUUGCCCUGCUCCACAAACACCUUCAGCUACUACUGCCACAUGCCACAGAUAUUUAUUCUCGAUCUGCUACACUUCUUGAAGAAAGCCCUUGGAAUGGAAGCGUAGGAGAGAAAUUGCGUGAUGUCAUCUAUGUGUCGGCAGCUGGCAGUAUGCUGUGUCAGCUUGUAAAUGCAUUGCUACUGUUGCCUGCAUCAGUGGCCAGGCCUCUUCUUAGUUACUUGCUGGAUCUACUGCCCCCUCUAGAUCGCCUGAACAGACUGUUACCUGCUGCUGCUUUGUUAGAAGACCAAGAAUUACAGUGGCCACUUCAUGGUGGACCAGAACACAUUGAUCCUGGUGGAGUAUCAUUGCCUGCACCUGCUCAGUCAUGGGUCUGGCUUGUGGAUUUGGAAAGGACAGUUGCACUGCUUAUUGGAAGAUGCUUAGGUGGAAUGUUACAAGGUUCUCCAGCAUCUCCCGAGGAGCAAGAUACAAACUAUUGGUUAAAAACUCCUUUGUUUGGAAAUGGAAUAGACAUGGAAGUGCCUCAGUUAGACAAAUGUAUGAGUGCUCUGCUUGAAGUGUCACUUUCUGGUAAUGAGGAACAGAAAACAUUCGAUUACAAGUUGAGACCUGAGGUUUCUCUUCUGGUGGAUUUGGCAGUUGGGUCCACCAAGGAGCCAGCACAAAAUUUGUGGAUCAGUAUGCAGGAUUAUGCCAUUAGCAAAGAUUGGGACAGCGCCACUGUUAGUAAUGAAUCUCUUUUGGACACAGUGUCUCGCUUUGUCCUUGCAGCACUGUUGAAGCACACUGGGUUACUUUCCCAGGCCACUGUUGACAGCCGAUAUCAGCCUGAGAAGUCCCUGGCUGAGGUUUACCGCAAUGUAUACAAGGUACGGAGUCGUCUUCUGGCCUGCAAAAACAUGGAGCUGAUACAGACGUGUUCCUCAUCUAGAGAAAGAUGGGUAUCGGAGAAUCAGGAGUCUGGAGAUCUUGGCUCUCAAGAAAACUCAUUCACCAGAACUAUUGAUGAGGAAGCUGAGAUGGAAGAGCAGGCAGAUCGGGAUAGAGAAGAGGGCCACACUGAGCAGGAAGAAGAAGAUGAAGAAAGAGAGCAUGAAAUCCUUACUGCAGGCAAAAUAUUUCAAUGUUUCCUAUCAGCCCGUGAUGUGGCACGCAACCGAGAGAGAGACAGAAUGAGCACGAGUUCAGCUGCUGAUUCUGGGCCUGGGUUGCGGGCAGAUGAACAACCCCAGCAACUGAUCCAAGGAAGGAGGGACAGCAGACACCUGGCAGAAGGGCAGGACUUGUAUACUGGAGCCUGUAACUCGGUGAUCCACCGCUGUGCCCUCCUCCUUUUGGGGGUCAGUCCUGUUAUUUAUCAUCUAGAAAAUACAAGCGAGGAUAGUCAUGAACAGACAGUACCAGGAUGUUCACAAGAAGGCACUGCAGCAAUGACAAGGAGCGAGAGUCUUACAGCAGAGAGAAGAUCAGUUCAUGUGCACCCUAGCUACAGACUUAUUAAAUCCAGAAGUGAGUCUGAUCUGUCCCAGCCUGAAUCUGAUGAGGAAGGAUAUUUACUAAGCGCGAGGCAGAAUACAGAUUUUGAUCUGACAUCUCACAGAAAAAGAGGCUCACCAACAGAUCCGCCUACUAGUGACUCAUGGAGCCGUCUGAAGCAUGCCAGGGAAUGGCCCUCCAGUUCAGCAUCUGUCUUUGAUUCAGAUGUGGAGUAUGGCAAGAGCCUGAGUGUUCAUACAUUAGUUGAUAAUGUACUUAGCUUUGUAAGUGGAGAUAUAGGCAGCUCACCUGGCUUUAAAGAACCAGAAGAAGGAAUGUCCAGUUCUCCUCAGGCCUGCAUUGUUGCCAUGGAACAACAGCAGCUCCGUGCAGAGUUACGACUUGAAGCUCUGCACCAGAUUUUGGUGCUGUUGUCUGGGAUGGAGGAGAAGGAGAACAUGCAGUCUCUGGGCAAUCGUCAGGCUCCUGCUCCUUUCCAGUCUUCGUCUCUGCUCACUUCUGUCAGGCUGCAGUUUUUAGCUGGCUGCUUUGGACUUGGUACUGUGGGUCACGUAGGUACCAAAGGAGACAGUGUUCACUUACAUCACUAUCAGGAUGGAAUCCGUGCAUCAAAAAACAGUAUCCAGAAGGAGAUCCAGAAGGCAGUGCAUAAAAUCUAUCAGCAACUUUCUGCCACUUUAGACAGAGCAUUGCAGGCUAACAAACACCAUGUGGAAGCCCAACAACGCCUGCUGUUGGUUACAGUGUUUGCUCUCAGUGUCCGGUACCAGCCAGUGGAUGUUUCACUUGCUAUUUCUACUGGCCUUUUGAGUGUUCUAUCCCAGCUUUGUGGCACAGAUACUAUGCUAGGGCAACCUCUACAACUGCUUCCCAAAUCUGGAGUUUCUCAGCUUAGCACUGCACUUAAAGUAGCUAGUACCAGAUUGCUCCAAAUUCUCGCAAUAACGACCGGGACAUAUGCAGAUAAGCUGAGCCCAAAGGUGGUGCAGUCGCUACUGGAUCUUCUUUGUAGCCAAUUGAAGAACCUGCUUGCUCAAGCUGGGGUCACACUCAUGUCCUCAUGUAAUGCUGAAGAGGAGGGAGACAGGAAAGCAGAUUUAACAGGGGAAAUUGAUAGAAAAGAUUUCAGAGCUUCACUUAGAAAACAGCGCACUGCUGAACUUCAUCUAGGAGACUUCUUAGUCUUUCUGCGCAGAGUCGUGUCAUCUAAAGCCAUCCAGUCAAAAAUGGCAUCUCCCAAGUGGACAGAGGUGCUACUGAACAUCGCAUCUCAGAAAUGCAGUUCAGGACUUCCUUUAGUGGGCAACUUGAGAACUAGACUCCUGGCACUGCAUGUAUUGGAGGCUGUGCUGCCUGCCUGUGAAGCUAAUGUGGAGGAUGAUCAAAUGGCCCAGGUGGUGGAACGUUUAUUUUCUCUUCUGUCAGACUGCAUGUGGGAUGCUCCCAUUGCUCAAGCUAAGCACAGCAUUCAGAUAAGGGAGAAGGAGCAAGAGACCAAGCUAAAUAAAACUGGGGAAGUGGAAGAAGAGGAAGAGGAUCUACCUAUACAGGAAGUUUCCUUUGAUCCUGAAAAAGUCCAGUGCUGUGUUGUGGAGAAUGGACAGAUCCUGACCCAUGGGAGUGGUGGUAAAGGGUAUGGAUUGGCAUCUACAGGGGUGACCUCAGGAUGCUAUCAGUGGAAGUUUUAUAUUGUGAAAGAAAAUCGUGGUAAUGAGGGAACAUGUGUGGGUGUCUCUCGCUGGCCAGUACAUGAUUUUAACCAUCGUACUACAUCAGACAUGUGGCUUUAUAGAGCUUACAGUGGGAACCUUUAUCACAAUGGAGAACAGACACUGACACUUCCCAGCUUUACACAGGGAGAUUUUAUUACUUGUGUCUUAGACAUGGAGGCACGGACAGUGUCCUUUGGCAAGAAUGGAGAGGAACCCAAACUGGCUUUUGAAGAUGUGGAUGCAGGUGAAUUGUACCCAUGUGUUAUGUUUUACAGCAGCAAUCCUGGAGAGAAGGUAAAAAUCUGUGACAUGCAGAUGAGAGGAACUCCCAGAGAUUUGCUCCCUGGUGACCCUAUCUGUAGCCCUGUUGCCACCGUCCUUGCAGAGUCAAGUGUGCAGCUACUGCGGAUCCUUCACCGCACUGAGCGAUGGACUUACUGCAUUAACAAAAAAAUGAUAGAACGGCUUCAGAAGAUCAAAGGUUGCUUGCGGGAAGCAGGGAGCAAACUAAAAAAGAGUCGUUCUGUACAGAGCCGUGAAGAGAAUGAAACACGAGAUGACAGAGAAGAGGAUAAAGGGAAGCAUGGAAGGCAUGGACUUGCUGAUCUGGGAGAACCACAGCUAAGGACUUUAUGCGUGGAGGUGUGGCCAGUUCUGGCUGUUAUUGGAGGGGUGGAUACAGGGUUAAGGGUGGGUGGACGAUGUGUACACAAACAAACUGGUCGACAUGCUACAUUACUUGGUGUAGUGAAGGAAGGCAGCACAUCUGCUAAAGUGCAAUGGGAUGAAGCAGAGAUCACCAUCAGCUUCCCAACUUUUUGGUCGCCUAGUGACACACCUCUCUACAACCUGGAGCCCUGUGACCCACCACCAUUUGAUGUGACUCGUUUCCGUGGACUUACAGCAUCUGCAUUACUUGACCUCACAUAUCUUACUGGCAUCCAUGAAGAACCUGGGAAGGUGGGUGCCAAGAGACAUGAGAAGAAACAUCGUCAUGAGUCAGAGGAGAAAGGUGACAUAGAACCGAGAGGAGAUGCUGACAUUGCCACAGAGGUACAAAUAACAGAAGACGCCAAAUCCAACAAUAUAGUUCCUAAAUUAGAAAAUGAGUCCGGGCCACCUUUGGGAGAAACGGCACAGGUUGAUAUUCAGCAUCAUUCUACUGAUGGAAAAAGGAAGAGUCAUGAUCACAUCCCACGAAGCCAUGAUGUUGCCCAGUCUGAGAUUAGGGCAGUUCAGCUGUCCUAUAUUAACCUGGGAGCCAUGAAGUCUUUGGGAACUCUACUGAGUUGCAGCAAGUAUGCAGAACUUCUGCUUAUCCCAAAAGUGCUGGCUGAUAAUGGGCAUAAUUCAGAUUGUGCCAGUUCUCCUGUGGUGCAUGAGGAUGUGGAAAUGAGGGCUGCACUGCAGUUCCUUAUGCGCCAUAUGGUGAAGAGAGCUGUCAUGCGCUCACCAAUAAAGAGGGCUCUUGGACUUGCUGAUUUGGAGAGGGCACAAGCUAUGAUUUACAAGCUAGUUGUCCAUGGGCUACUUGAGGAGCAGUUUGGCAGCCGACUCAGACAAGAAUUAGAGCAGCAGGCAGAAGAAACUGAUCAGGCUCAGCAGGCUCAGACCCCAGUUACCACCAGCCCCUCAGCCUCUAGCACUACUUCAUUUAUGAGCAGUUCCCUGGAGGACACCACUACAGCUACAACUCCAGUCACAGAUACUGAAACGGUCCCAGCCUCUGAGUCUCCUGGAGUAAUGCCUUUAAGCUUGCUGAGGCAAAUGUUCUCAAGUUACCCUACAACCACUAUAUUACCAACUCGUCGAGCCCAGACCCCUCCCAUAACAUCACUUCCAACAUCCCCCACUGAUGAGGUCGGUAGAAGACAGAGUCUGACAUCACCUGACUCCCAACCAACAAGACACACAAACCGUGCAGCUCUCUCCGAUCCCAGUAGUCGUCUUUCUACCUCUCCUCCUCCUCCAGCUGUGGUGGUACCGCUUCUAGAAAUGGGUUUCUCCAUCAGACAGAUCAAAAAGGCCAUGGAAGCCACAGGUGCUAGAGAGGCUGACCCUCAGAACAUUACUGUAUUGGCUAUGUGGAUGAUAGAGCAUCCUGAUGAUGAAGAGAGAUUCUCUGGUCGGACAACUGAGCAAUGCCAGGGAGCUGUCAGCACAGCGCAUGGUGGCAAAUCUAGUGAUACAGCUUACACUGGAGAUAUUUCCUCUUCAGAUCCCGCCGAGAUGGAAGAAUGCUUUUGUGGGAGCCCAGACAGCCUUGAGCACACAGAAAAUGCAGGAGCAAGUAGUGGGCAACAAAGCAGAGGCAGGUCUACUGUCACCAGAAGGCAGAAGUUUGAUCUGGCAGCAAGAACACUGCUUGCAAGAGCUGAAAUUGUACUCAAGUGGAUGUCCCAGUUGGGACCUAACAAUUUAACUGUAAAUGCUGGUUUGUACCGUACAGUCCAAGCACACCGAAAUCAAGGCAGGAGAGAAGGUGUAUCCCUGCAGCAGGAUCCUGGAGCCUUAUAUGAUCUUAAUCUAGAUGAGGAGUUGGAGAUCGACCUUGAUGAAGAGGCUAUGGAAGCGAUGUUUGGACAGGACUUGGCCAGUGAUAAUGAUAUUCUGGGAAUUUGGAUCCCAGAGGUACUGGACUGGCCAACUUGGCAUGUAUGUGAGACAGAUGAUCGGGAGGAGGUUGUUAUCUGUGAACUAUGUGAAGCCAGUGUUCUCAGCUUUAACCAACACAUGAAGAGAUAUCAUCCAGGAUGCGGGCACAGUGCCAACCGUCAGGGAUAUCGUAGCAAUGGCUCGUAUGUGGAUGGCUGGUUUGGAGGGGAAUGUGGAAGUGGAAAUCCAUACUACCUGCUUUGUAGCAGCUGCAGGGAGAAAUAUCUGAGUCUAAGGAGCAAACGUAAAGCAACUGCUUCAGAAAAGUACAAAGGACACGCUCCAGAUCUCAUUGGCAAACAAGACAGUGUAUAUGAAGAAGACUGGGAUAUGAUGGAUGUUGAUGAGGAUGAAAAGCUUACUGGGGAGGAAGAGUUUGAGCUGCUGGCUGGGCCACUUGGGCUUAAUGAGCGAAGGAUGGUGCCUGAGCCAGUCCAGUUUCCUGACAGUGAUCCUCUUGGUGCUUCUGUUGCCAUGGUGACAGCUACCAAUAGCAUGGAGGAAACCCUCAUGCAAAUCGGUUGCCAAGGGACUUUGGAAAAGAGUUCAUCGGGAAGGAUAACAUUGGGGGAGCAGGCUGCUGCUUUAGUAAAUCCACACGAUCGGGUUAUGGCUUUGCGUAGGGUAAUUGCAGCUGCCCAGGUUCUUCUGGCACGCACAAUGGUGAUGCGUGCACUUUCUCUGCUGUCUGUCAGCGGGUCCAGCUGCAGCCUUGCUGCAGGCCUCGAGUCUCUAGGUCUGACAGACAUCCGUACUUUAGUUCGUCUCAUGUGCUUGGCUGCUGCAGGCAGAGCUGGCCUUUCCACAAGCCCCUCAACCACCCUUCCAAGUUCAUCUGAGCGCUCUCGGGGUCUGCACAGCAAAACCAGCAAACCCAUCUCCUGCCUUGCAUACCUGAGCACAGCUGUAGGAUGUCUAGCGUCCAGCACCCCAAGUGCUGCCAGGCUUCUUGUUCAACUCUGUACCCAGAAUUUGAUUUCAGCAGCUACAGGUGUCAAUUUGACCACUGUUGAUGACCCGGUGCAGAGGAAAUUUCUACCUAGUUUUCUACGUGGAAUUGCUGAAGAAAACAAACUUGUUACAUCCCCUAACUUUGUGGUAACUCAAGCUCUGGUGGCUUUGCUUGCAGACAAGGGUGCAAAGCUUCGCCCCAACUAUGACAAAGCGGAAAUGGAGAAAAGAGGUCCCUUGGAGCUAGCUAAUGCCUUGGCUGCCUGUUGUCUGUCUUCACGCCUCUCCUCUCAACACCGACAGUGGGCUGCCCAGCAGCUUGUCCGAACUUUGGCAGCUCAUGACCGUGACAACCAGACAGCUCCACAGACUCUUGCAGACAUGGCAGGAGACCUUAGAAAGUGCUCUUUCACCAAACUGGAAGCACACCAGAAUAGGGUAACGGCAUCUGUGUGGUGUUCUAAGAAGGACCUUUUAGCCACAAGUGGGAGUGAUGGGACUGUUAGAGUUUGGAAUGUAUCCAGAACCCAAUACUCACUACAGCAGACAUGUGUCUUCCACAAAAUGGAGGGAUCAACUGAAGAGACUGACCCUAGCUUAUCGCUCAUUUGCUGGAGUGUCAGUGGAAGGUAUCUGGCUGGUGCCCUGGAGAAGACCAUAAACAUCUGGCAGGUCAAUGGAGGAAAAGGUCUAGUGGAUGCACAGCCUCACUGGGUUUCAGCCCUCACAUGGCCAGAGGAAAAUUCUGGGGCUGCAUGGACCAGUGAUGCUCCUGAAUCAUUGUUGGUGGGACGAAUGGAUGGCUCUCUGGGGCUCAUUGAGGUUACAGAUGCAUCAAGUAUGCAACGAAUGGAACUGGAGCACUGCUACAGAAAAGAAGUUGCAGUUACCUGCAUCGCUUGGUAUAGUGAGGAUCGUUCAUUUGCAGUUGGGUAUUCUGAUGGGAAGUUACUAAUUGGAAAUCGAGACAUAGCUGAAAAAGCAGGAAUUGUUAUUAUUGAUGCACACAAGGACAUGAUUGUAAGCAUGAAAUGGGAUCCAACAGGCCAGAUGCUUUUGACCUGUGCAAAAGAGGAAACUGUGAAACUUUGGGGGAAAUCUGGACUUAGCUGGAAAACCCUCUACUGCCUCUCUCACCCAUCCCUUGUUAACACUGCUGCCUGGUGUAGUCUAGUCGGAAAUGGGGAAAGGCCACAACUCAUGCUGGGAACGGGUUGUCAAAGUGGCUUAGUGUGUGUGUGGAUAAUUCCCCAAAUUCCACAGGAAGGAGUUCAGCCCAAAUCAUCUGCAUCUGAUGACUGGAAAGAGCAGGCCAUCAGUAAGGAGAUGUUCAGAAAAGUCGAAUAUGUGCGAUGCGUUUUUAAGUUGAGAGGUCACAUCACACCUGUGCGUACAGUGGCAUUCAGUCAUGAUGGUCUUGCUCUGGUCUCUGGAGGGCUUGGAGGACUUAUGAACAUUUGGUCCUUAAAGGAUGGUUCAGUCUUACAAUCAGUUGUUACUGGUUCAGGAGCUGUAACAACUACAGUUUGGAUACCUGAUGUUGGUGUUGCUGCCUGUUCCAACCGAUCUAAGGAUGUUUUGGUGGUGAAUUUCACACCAGAGUGGUUGUCCUCUAAUCAUGUUUUAGCAACAUGCAGAACAGCACUGAAACAGCAAGGAAUAGUGGGACUGAAUAUGGCCCCCUGCAUGCAAACAUUCCUGGAGCGCCUACCUGUCAUGCUUCAGGAGCAGUAUGCAUACGAGAAGCCCCAUGUAGUGUGUGGGGAUCAGCUGGUUCACAGCCCUUACAUGCAGUGCCUAGCAUCUCUAGCUGUAGGGCUAAACCUCGACCGGCUCCUCUGCAACCCACCUGUACCUCCUCACCAUUACCCAUCACCCCCAGACCCUGCCUCCUGGAAUCCCACAGAGUGGGUCUGGCUAGAGUGCUUCUCUACAACCAUUAAGGCUGCUGAGGCACUUGCUAGAGGAUCCCAGUUUCCAGAAUGCUUUACUGUUCCUGACCUAGAGCCAGUACCUGAAGAAGAACUAAAACUUGUAAUGGAUAAUAGCAAAUGGAACAAUGGGACAGAUGAACAGAUAAUGUCCUGGGCUACUUCAAAACCAGAGGAUUGGCACCUUGGAGGUAAAUGUGAUGUAUUCUUGUGGGGUGCAGGAAGACAUGGACAACUGGCAGAAGCUGGCAGAAAUGUAAUGAUUCCAUCAGGCGCAGGCUCAUUUUCCCAGGCUCAGCAGGUUAUUUGUGGACAGAAUUGCACUUUUGUGAUUCAGGCCAAUGGCACUGUUUUGGCAUGUGGAGAAGGUAGUUAUGGCCGGCUUGGACAGGGCAACUCUGAUGAUCUCCAUGUAUUGACUGUUAUCUCAGCCUUGCAAGGAUUUGUGGUGACACAACUAGUGACAUCUUGUGGCUCAGAUGGACACUCCAUGGCACUAACCGAGAGUGGAGAAGUGUUCAGCUGGGGAGAUGGAGAUUAUGGCAAACUGGGACAUGGAAACAGUGACCGUCAAAGAAGGCCAAGGCAGAUUGAAGCUUUACAGGGGGAAGAGGUGGUUCAGAUGUCCUGUGGCUUCAAGCAUUCAGCUGUCGUGACUGCCGAUGGAAAGUUGUUUACAUUUGGCAAUGGAGACUAUGGCAGGCUGGGUUUGGGAAAUACAUCAAAUAAAAAGUUGCCAGAACGCGUAACAGCUUUGGAAGGACUUCAUAUCGGACAGGUCGCUUGUGGACUGAACCACACAUUAGCUGUGUCUGCCGAUGGUUCCCUUGUCUGGGCUUUUGGAGAUGGAGAUUAUGGAAAGCUGGGUUUAGGGAACUCCACAGCUAAAUCUUCACCACAGAAAGUGGAUGUUCUUUGUGGUAUUGGGAUUAAGAAGGUAGCCUGUGGGACACAGUUUUCAGUGGCACUCACUAAAGAUGGUCAUGUCUACACCUUUGGACAAGAUCGUUUGAUUGGAUUGCCUGAAGGCCGAGCUCGGAAUCACAACCGUCCUCAGCUAGUGCCAGUUCUCCUUGGCAUAUUUAUAGAUGACAUUGCAGUGGGUGCGGAACAUACUCUGGCUUUGUCAGCAAGUGGAGAAGUGUAUGCUUGGGGAAGCAAUUCAGAGGGACAGCUUGGCCUGGGUCACACCAACCAUGUUCGUGAGCCAACUCUGGUUACAGCACUACAAGGGAAGAAUAUUCGUCAGAUCUCUGCAGGAAGAUGUCACAGUGCAGCUUGGACUGCUGCUCCUGUACCACCCAGAGCUCCAGGGGUGGCAGUGCCAUUACAGUUGGGUUUACCAGAUGUGAUCCCACCCCAGUACAGUUGUCUGAAAGAUAUCUGUCUACACACUGUCAGAGCAAGAUUACGACUCCUUUACCACUUUUCAGAUCUCAUGUAUUCAUCUUGGAGGCUGCUGAACCUCAGUCCAAAUAAUCAGAGCAGUGCUUCCCAUUAUAAUGCUGGAACUUGGGGUAUUGUACAGGGCCAGCUUAGGCCCUUGCUGGCUCCAAGAGUUUACACACUUCCUAUGGUCCGAUCUAUUGGCAAAACCAUGGUACAGGGCAAGAAUUAUGGACCUCAGAUUACAGUCAAGAGGAUUUCAACCAGGGGAAGGAAGUGUAAACCAAUAUUUGUGCAAAUCGCAAGGCAGGUGGUGAAGCUCAAUGCCUCUGAUCUGCGUCUUCCAUCCCGUGCCUGGAAAGUGAAACUGGUUGGAGAGGGUGCAGAUGAUGCCGGAGGGGUAUUUGAUGACACAAUUACAGAAAUGUGUCAGGAACUGGAAACUGGAGUAGUUGAUCUUCUUAUUCCAUCACCCAAUGCAACUGCUGAAGUGGGAUAUAACCGAGACAGGUUCUUACUUAAUCCCUCAUCUGGGCUGGAUGAGCACCUUAUGCAGUUCAAAUUUCUGGGAAUUCUAAUGGGAGUGGCAAUCCGCACCAAAAAACCCCUGGACCUACACUUAGCCCCACUAGUCUGGAAACAGCUGUGCUGUAUACCCCUUACUCUGGAGGAUUUGGAGGAGGUGGAUCUGCUGUAUGUGCAGACACUUAAUAGCAUUCUUCACAUUGAAGACAGUGGUAUAACUGAGGAGAAUUUCCAUGAGAUGAUUCCCCUUGAUUCCUUUGUGGGUCAGAGUGCUGAUGGAAAGAUGGUGCCAAUAAUCCCCGGUGGGAAUAGCAUCCCACUGACGUUCUCCAACCGCAAGGAGUACGUGGAUCGAGCAAUAGAUUACAGGUUGCAUGAGAUGGACCGACAGGUUGCAGCAGUGCGAGAGGGUAUGUCAUGGAUCAUUCCAGUCCCGCUUCUCUCCCUUCUUACUGCCCGGCAACUGGAGCAAAUGGUCUGCGGAAUGCCUGAAAUAUCUGUGGAUGUAUUGAAAAAGGUAGUGCGGUACCGUGAGGUGGAUGAACAACACCAGCUGGUACAGUGGUUCUGGCAGACACUCGAGGAGUUCUCCAAUGAGGAGAGGGUUCUGUUUAUGAGAUUUGUCUCUGGCAGGUCUCGUCUCCCAGCCAACACUGCAGACAUCUCGCAACGCUUUCAGAUUAUGAAGGUUGAUAGGCCUCACGAUAGUCUGCCUACCUCACAGACCUGUUUUUUCCAACUGCGCCUCCCUCCAUAUUCCAGCCAGCCAGUGAUGGCUGAACGUCUGCGCUAUGCAAUCAACAACUGCCGUUCCAUCGAUAUGGACAAUUACAUGUUGUCCCGCAAUGUGGACAAUGCUGAAGGAUCUGACACAGACUACUGAAUCAAUUUCUUUAAGCUACACGCCAGCUUUCUGGCUUUAAUCGGGUUUGGACAAUUUCAGGCAUUUUACAACCAUGAAAAAUUAGUUCCUUUUAUCAACUCAAGAAAUGUUUUAUUUUGUUUUCACCUGUGAAUGUAAAAUAAAAGGCUGUGUGCUCAUCUCACCCGCGCCCAAGCUGUUUAUCAGGAGGUGCUUGGGCAGGGUCAGGGGAGGCUUGGUGGGUUCAUACACACCCAGCAUUGCUGCAUACUUGAAACAUUGUACAUUGGUGCACUUAUUGUUAAUCCCAAGAGGAACGUUUUACAUAAAUAUUCCUAUUUAUUUUCUUUUAAUUUGGAAAUUGCCUGUGCAGGAUAAGCAAUGCAGAAGAUGAAUAAAUUGAAGCUGAAAGAGAA